UGCGGACGGAGGGAGCACUGAGCAUUAUCAUUCUCGAGCUUCUUGGGGAAGUCAAAAGAACGGAGAAAAGGUCAGCGACCAGAAAAACCCUAACCCCUCGGAAUUUUCCAGAGAAAAUGCAGCAGAAUCCGACCAACUCCGUCGAUCCAGACCUUCCCCGGCUCGCCAGCAUCAAAGUCCGGUCUUCUUCCCCCCGAUUCCGGCCGCAGACAACCCCCUCCGGAACCGAUACGCCCACGGCUGGAGCUCAGCGUAAGAUCGGCAUCGCCGUCGACCUCAGCGAUGAGUCCGCCUUCGCCGUCAAGUGGGCUGUUCAUCAAUACCUCCGCCCCGGCGACGCCGUGAUUCUCGUGCACGUCCGCCCCACCUCCGUCCUCUACGGCGCUGAUUGGGGAUCUGUUGACCUCUCCAUCGUCGACACUGAUAACGAGGAAUCGCAGCAGAAGCUGGAGGAUGAUUUCGACACUUUCACGAUUACCAAGGCCUCCGAUCUUGCCCAGCCGCUGGUGGACGCUCAUAUCCCGUUCAAAAUCCACAUCGUCAAGGACCACGACAUGAAGGAGCGGCUCUGCCUCGAAGUGGAGAGGUUAGGUCUUAACGCUGUGAUCAUGGGGAGCCGUGGAUUUGGUGCCACAAAGAAAGGAAACAACAGCAGGCUUGGGAGCGUCAGUGAUUACUGUGUUAGGCAUUGCGUUUGCCCUGUUGUGGUUGUCAGGUAUCCUGAUGAUAAGGAUGGUGGAAAUGCCAACGUAGAACCCGUGGUGUCCGUGGCUUCCAUGGAGGAUGAAGACGAGCCGGAGUAUCUCGAUGCACAAGAUGAUCACAAAGAUUCUUAAUUCAACUUGGAACUCGAUCCUUACUUCCUGCAAUGGCUGCAAAGAAGUAAUCCAGAUUCCAAACUCUAUCCCAGCUUUAUGAGUUUUCUGAUGUAUUAACGCAUCAUCUGAUCGUACUAUAUAUGUAAAUGAUACUUUGAUAAGUCUUUCGUCAAGUGUGUAUUUGCAGUUUACUUGUGUGAACUGUGUGUGAUAAAUGUAUUGUUUAGUGUUUUCGGACCGGUAUCUUUGUAUUGUUCAUUGUGAUGAUGCUAGCUGCUGCUGCCGCAAGUUUUCUAAAUUUUCUCCUGUCUUGAGAGGAUUCUAUUAAACCAAAUUGUGCUCGUGAAACUCCAUAGUGAAGACAGAAGAGAUUGAAAUAGGCCAAAAUGCUAUUACAGACAUUAAAUUGCUCUGGGGUACCCUCGAUUUUUUUAGUAAUAAUUCCUAGAUCCUACAUUAUUUCGAAUAUACUCUGAGGCACCUU